UUUAUGCCGGCGCUCAGUUCCCGCUGAACAUUCGAGGCGAACGGUUCGCUGUGUUUCUUUUGGGUCUGAUUUGAUUAUUAUUCCCCGAUUUUUUCGAUUCGAACCGAUAUUCGCUGCCGUGCUGCUCGUUUCGCGAUUCUCGAACUGUGGCCAUGUGAAGUGCAGACAACAUCCUCAAUAGGCAUUAGAAAAAAUUUUAAUUCGUCGUUGCCGAUAAAGCCUUUGACACGAUAACGAUCCAAUUUUAAUUAUGAUUGUGCCAAGAACUGUGCUCUGAUUACGCAAAUUGCAAGUGAAAACCGUCGGCAGAGAAAUUUAGCGAGAGCCGGGACCCAAAUAGGGAGUAUCGAGAGCAAAAUGGGCUUCUCAUCGGCCCUGCAAAGUCGGGCCGCCCAUGAGGCGUUGAUCGUACGCCAGGAUGCCGAACUUCGGCUAAUGGAGACCAUGAAGAGAUCCAUCCAGAUGAAGGCCAAAUGCGACAAGGAAUACGCAAUCAGCCUGACAGCUGUGGCCCAGCAGGGUCUCAAAAUCGAUCGAGCUGACGAAAUGCAAGGCAGCCUGAUCACCAAAUCCUGGCGAUCCUACUUGGAUGAACUGGACCAGCAGGCCAAACAGUUCAAGUUCAACGCCGAGCAGCUGGAGGUCGUCUGCGAUAAGUUGACCCAUCUUUCACAGGAUAAGCGAAAGGCUCGAAAGGCCUACCAGGAGGAGCAUGCCAAGAUCGCAGCACGCCUGAAUCAUCUCACCGAUGAGGUGGUUCGCAAGAAAACCGAAUACCAAAAACAUUUGGAGGGCUACAAGGCGCUGCGCACGCGCUUCGAGGAGCACUACAUAAAAGCACCCAGUCGCAGUGGCCGCAAGCUGGACGAUGUGCGUGACAAAUACCAGAAGGCCUGCCGCAAAUUGCAUCUCACACACAACGAGUACGUGCUCUCCAUCACGGAAGCCAUUGAAGUGGAGAAGGACUUUCGUACUGUACUUUUGCCAGGAUUACUGGAACAUCAACAGUCCGUCCAGGAGAGUUUCAUUCUGCUGUGGCGCAACAUUUUGCAGGAGGCAGCCCAAUAUGGUGAUCUCACGGCAGACAAGUACAAGGAGAUUCAGAAGCGCAUCGACACUGUGAUAGGAGGCAUCAAUCCGACCGAGGAAUAUGGCGAGUUUACUGAGAAACACAAAACCUCCCCCACAACCCCAUUGCUUUUCCAAUUCGAUGAGACGCUCAUCGAGGAUAUUCCUGGCAAGCUACAGUCAAGUACUUUGACGGUGGACAACCUGACGGUGGACUGGUUGAGGAAUCGCCUCCAGGAACUGGAGGGAGCCGUCAAAGAUUGCCAAGAGAAGCAGCUAAAGAUGAUCGAGCAUGUUAAUGGUGGCUCUCCGGUGGCCAAUGGCAGCAUUAUAUCAAACGGCAGCAAUACGUCCAAUGGCAUUCAGUCCAAUAAGGAUAGUCAAUGCCGCCAAUCAAAGGACCUUAAUGCCUUGCGUUGCCAGGAGAAGCAGAAGCAGAAACUCGUCGACAUGAUCAAGUGCGCCCUGAACGAGGUGGGAUGCGAGGAGUUGCCCUCCGGCUGCGAUGAUCACUUAACCCUCGAGCAGAACUUCAUCGAGAAUGGCUAUAACAACGAACAGCAGAGGUCCAACUCCACCAGUUCACCAGGUCUGGGCAUUAUGAACGAGCUGAUGCGACGCGGCGGGGUCUUGACCCUAUUGCGUGGAAGGGGUCGUCAUUUUAAGAGGAAGAGUACCCCCCAGCCGGCAACGCCGAUGACGAGAUCGCGUCAAGGACGUUUCAACAAGAUGCAGCCACGAUCCCAGAGUUUGGGAUCCUUGUCGGUAAUUAGGGAUGGGAAUGGGCCAAGUCCUGCACGUUAUGAGCCCAUAACUAACCAUCGUUUGCGCCAAGCGGCCAGUGUUCAUUAUUUGGGCGAGGAGAUCACUCCGAGUUCCAUUAAUCCGCCCGAAUUGCCACGUUUACGGCGUACCCAGUGUUCCAUGUUGUGUUUGGGCGAGGAUGAGGAACCCAUUGUCCUUAACUCGCCCGCCCCGCUCACCCAGCUAACAGCUGCUGUCCUUACUAACACCAAUAACAAUCAUAUCUAUGCGGAUCUGGAGUUGGACAGGAAAGUGGAGGUAACACCAGCUCCAGAAAGUGAUGGGGAAGAUGGCUCUGAUACCCCCGCCAAAAAGGAACAAAUUCAAAUAGAAAUCAAUCAUAAGUUACCGGCACCUCAGAACUCCAUUGAUGCCCACCUGGACAGGAUUGAUGAACUGAAUCGAGUCCUAGAUGAUCGCCUCAAACGCACUCUCCAGCCCAAUGAUGAUCUGAAUGCCAUUGAAAGUGCAGAGGACCAACAUAUAGAGAAGAGGAAACUAGCCAAAGAUCCAGAUAGCCAUACCAAAAGGAGUUCCAGUUCCAGUUCGGAGUGUCGAUCCUCCAAGGAUAUGAAUCACACCAAAAAGCGUUCACUAUCCUUCACACAGAAAUCCAUAAGUAACAUCUUUAGCAAUCUCAAAGAGUUCUCCAAGAGUCCUCUAGUAAGGAUGGGCAAGAAUCAAACGCUUAACGAAGAGCAGGAUGCGGAAAGGAUGCAGCCAAGUCAACAGCAUUCCAGCAGCAGUGAUUCGCAGACGAACAGUAGCAGUUCCAGCAGUCAUAAUAAUAAUAACAAUAAUAAUAAUAACAAUACCAAUAGCAAUAGCAAUCACAGUGCCUCACAGUCCACGAUCAUAACGAGCACGAUCACCACCACUAUAACGACUACAACGACCACGACGCCGUCCAAGGAAAACUCAAGACUGAAAUUCAAGGUGCCCAAGAUUCAGAAGAAAUCCAAGGCCAUUCGCAAUACAUUCCGCACCAAGUUGCUCAAUUUCCAACUGAAACGUUCCAAGCCAUGUAAACAGUGCACCAAAAGACGUCGCAUCCAUCCCAGCAAGAGUGUCUUUGACUUUGCUCGCGAAUUCCAGGCAGAUCAGCCAGCUGGCUCUGCAGAGGAAGAGCAAUUCUGUAGCUGUCCACCAGUUGCCCAGAAAACUCUCAAGCCAUCCGUCCAAAUAGCCAGUAGUCACAAGGAACGUUCUUUCGAGUCUAGCUCUGGUGAUCUUGAGGAGAAUGAGGAUCAGCACAACAACGAGGAUGAGGAUAGUGACGAUGUGCUUAGCAUGAAGGAUCAUUGCUAUUGCGUGCCCAGCCUGGCGGCCAGUAUAUCGCUCUCCACGAAUCGUCCACUUUACGAAGAGGAAUGGUUCCAUGGCGUCUUGCCACGUGAGGAGGUGGUCAGACUUCUCAAUAACGAUGGUGACUUCCUGGUCCGUGAAACCAUUCGAAAUGAGGAGAGCCAGAUUGUGCUGAGUGUCUGUUGGAAUGGCCAUAAGCACUUCAUUGUCCAGACCACCGGAGAGGGUAACUUCCGGUUCGAGGGACCACCAUUUGCCAGCAUCCAGGAACUGAUCAUGCAUCAAUAUCACUCGGAGUUACCGGUAACUGUGAAAUCUGGGGCAAUACUCCGACGACCUGUUUGUCGAGAACGCUGGGAGCUGAGCAACGAUGAUGUGGUGCUUCUGGAGAGGAUUGGCAGGGGCAACUUUGGGGAUGUCUACAAGGCCAAACUGAAGUCUACCAAGCUGGAUGUGGCCGUCAAAACCUGCCGUAUGACCCUGCCCGACGAACAGAAGCGUAAAUUCCUUCAAGAAGGACGCAUCCUUAAGCAAUAUGAUCAUCCUAAUAUCGUCAAACUAAUUGGUAUCUGUGUCCAGAAGCAGCCCAUUAUGAUUGUCAUGGAAUUGGUGCUGGGUGGUUCCCUGCUAACAUAUUUACGAAAGAACUCCAAUGGCCUCUCCAAUCGCCAGCAAAUGGGAAUGUGCAGGGAUGCUGCGGCUGGCAUGCGAUAUCUGGAGUCCAAAAACUGCAUACAUCGCGAUCUGGCGGCGCGUAAUUGCCUCGUUGACCUAGAGCACAGUGUUAAGAUCUCCGAUUUUGGAAUGUCACGCGAGGAAGAGGAGUAUAUAGUUUCCGAUGGCAUGAAACAAAUACCUGUAAAGUGGACCGCUCCUGAGGCUCUCAACUUUGGAAAAUACACCUCACUCUGCGAUGUUUGGUCCUAUGGGAUACUGAUGUGGGAGAUCUUCUCCAAGGGGGACACACCCUACUCGGGCAUGAGCAAUUCCAGAGCCAGAGAGCGUAUCGAUACGGGAUACCGAAUGCCAACGCCAGAGAACACGCCAGCGGAGAUGUACCGACUGAUGCUCAAGUGCUGGGCAGCCGAUGCCGAGUCCCGGCCGCAUUUCGAUGAGAUCUACAAUGUGGUUGACGCACUGAUCCUGCGCCUGGACAAUAGCCACUGAGAGCGGCUGCAACCGGCAACGCGGAACACACAUUAGCAUACUCAAUGUAGUUUUAGUCAGCGCUUUUAAAGUACGUUACGUCCAUGGACUUAACAACGAGUUGCCUGUAUUUAUGAGAUAGCUAUAUACUAUAUACAUUUUACCACAUAAACGAUAUUUAUAUAGAGACAUAUAUAUAUAUAUAUAUUUUCUAGCCAUGUAAAUGUAAAUUUCGAUAUAUACUGUGUGUUUGACUGAGCGUAUGUAAUGAAUCCUUAAUGUGCCAAAAACCGCAAGAAGAUCUUAAAACAAAAAAAUAUUUAAAAAAAAAAACAGAAAUUGAUAUUGUGUGUCUGCUUCUUAGAUCUAAGCUCAUGAAUUUAUAUAGAGUUUUAGUUGUUUGUGUUUUAGUUUUAGUUAUUAAAGAGAAAGAGAGAGAGAGAAUCAUAAUUUGUAUAUUAUGCAAUCCCUACGUUCGUCAAUUUUGUUCUAGACUUGUGUAUUUUAUGUAUAUUUAUUUACACCUAAUUUACAUUUCUACUUCGACUACGAUUAUGUUUACUCUUAACAACUAAGCUCUAAGUUUAAAGCUUUAAGUUCUUGCUGCGCUGCUGAAGUGAAUAAAUCAUAUGUGUACUAUA